AUGCGGCCAGUCCCGCCCUCCCCCGUCACCGGGGACACUCGUCCCCCUCACCCACUCCCCACUCUGGCCCCCAGAGCCCUGCCAGGGCCGGGACUGCGACCGCUCUCGCAGAAGCCCAGCCGGGUACGGGGCCCGAGCGGGGCCGGCCGCGCUCCUCCCCCCGUGCCGAGCCCAGCCUGUGAGGUUCCCCGACUGCUCCGAGGCCGGGACACGUUUGUGCUCAGCCACACACUGGCUCCUGCUCCCAGCCCCCACAGAGCCACAGGCCCCCGGCCUUCCCAAGGAGCCCCAGCUGCUCGCACUCUCCCCAGCAGCCAGUCUGCCGGACGCCCGGCCCAGAGCAGCCCCUCGCACCGAGGCAGGAGAGCGUCUGUGUGGGGCUUCCCCCUCCCCCCCGAUGAGGGAACUUGGCUCAACACGUGCACGAGCACCCGAGGACUAUGUGCCCUCCCCCACUGCUCCCCAUCAGGAGACACAGAGCCUGGGAUGGGGGAGCCUCGAGGCCGGGCCACCAGAUGGAGGGAGCCAGCCCCCGACAGCAGGAGAGCCAAGGUCCAACAAACCCCGAGAUCUCGGCCUCUGGGAGAAGCACCACCAAGCACUGCUGGGAAAACUGGGGAAAGUGCAGCCAACCCGGGCGGAGACCAGCGCCCCCCACCCGGCACCCCCCGAGGGCAGAACGGGUCAGAUUCAGGCAGCAAGCAGGGAGAGCGAGGACGCCCGGGAAAGAGGGCAGAGGCUGGCGGGCGCGUGGGGAGAGCGGGCACUGGGGCACUGCAGGGGGGUCCGGGAGCCCGGGACUAUCGGGCUGCAACCCCCCGGCCCCUGCACCGUCCCUAUGGGGCUGCAUCCCGGAAUCCACACAGCAAAGUGCCCGUGGCAGCCCCUCCGGCGGAAGCCGGCAGCAAGUGCUCUAGCCAGGGCCAGGCGGCUCCAUCUUCCCUGGCCUCAGAGCCUCCCGUGGCUCGCAGCCCCCACCAGGCAGCGCCCGCACCCUGCCCCCGGAUGCCCUUCCCAGCUAACCCGGUCCUGGCCUCUCAGUGCCUUACGUGCCCAGGGGACUCCUGCCCCCUCUCCGGGGCCCCCGGACCCAGGGCCCCACAUGCCUUCAGCCCACUGGCAGCUCCCAGGAGACAGAAAAGCUCCCCAAGAGCCCCGGAGAAAGGCCGGCAGGGCCAGAAAAGCCAAGCCCGGGGCCCGCAGCUGGCCCAGUUUGCCUCGGACUCCCUGCUGGCUGGCUCCGGGCAGGCUGGGCUGUGGCUCGUGCCUUUGCCUAGCCCAGGCCUCACACGCCCCAGCCCCGGGACUGACCCACCACGUUCCGGGCUGGACAGAGCCGAGCCACGAGCAGAGCUGGGCAAGGCCUGCCCCUGUGCACCACCACCCCCCAGCCAGAUUGGGUCGGCCUGGGCCGAGGGGGAGGGCCCACUCCUCAGUCAAUCAUCAGCCCAGGUGAUUCCUGGCUUCUGCCCCUUUGCCCCCACCCAGCAACACCCAGAGCAGAUGUGGCUCCUGGCGGCCGAUUCUACCCAAAGGUCCAGAAGAACAAGGGCGAGGGGGCUGGUGGGAGCCUGGUCCUGUGCACGAGGGGCCUCCCUCCCGGCAGGCCCAGAAUGGGCACGGGCAGCCCCCCACGGACCCCAGAGGCUGUUCCCAGGCUUGCUGCCUUCAGAGGCGCCCCGGGAGGCACAGCGGCCCAAAGGCAGACAAGCCAGCAGGGCCUCCCCCGGUGAGUGGGAGCAGCAGUCCCCUCAGUGCUGCUGCGAGAAUGAGGAAGGAAAACCCGAACCGCAUCAGUCCCGGCUGGAGAAGGGACACGGCCUCCUGGGGAGCCGGAACCCCUCAGCCCGGACACGGCGGCCGGGAACCAGCCUGCGGCCCCUGGAGAACGGCGCCUCCUGCGGCCAGGCUGUCCAAAGAGCAGGACUCUGGCCCCGGCCCGGCUUCCUCACUGGGAAGGCGAGAACGGUCCCACCGUGUCCCAGGGAGGACGGGGAGGAGCACUCUCUAACCGAGGCCCCAAAGAGAUCAAAGAGAAAGGAAACAGAUGCCCGGGCAGCUCUUGGCGUGGCUGCCCAACAACCAGGGCGCCAAGAAGGGCACCAACGUUCAGCGCCCCGGGAAGAUGGGAAGGAGCCAGGGCCCCAAGACAAACACCUCUGGGAGGCACAAGAUCCACCCGCUGACUGGCCAUGGCUGCAGAGGGAGUCCCACCAGAAUCUUGGGGGGGAGACCUACUUUCUGGGGUGUCCGGGGGGAGGGGGCGGGUACCGGGCCUCACUUCAAAGCGCCUUCAAGGGCCAAGCAGGGAAGCAGAAGAGAUGCAAGAAGGGAGAGCGAGCCCCUCUGGGCCCGCCUGCCCUGGGCACCCUCUGCAGCAGACACUUCCCCGGGCCCCGUGGACCGCUCCGGGCAUUCCCGGCCCCCUCCAUCCGUGCCAGCCUGGCUUCCCAGGAAGCGUCCAAGGAAGGCAGCGUGGCUGCUACAGGCCGAUUCCCCAGAAAGAAGGAGACCCAGGCGGCCCAGAACAGCUCCGGGCUGCAGGAGGCAAGUUUGCACAAACCCUUGCACCAGCAGACCCUCCCUGGGGCCCCGGGCUCCCGCGGCACGCAGAGGGGCCCAGGAGGCAUCUGGGGGCGACCCUCACGGAGCCGGGCAGGGAAGGGGCCUCCUGCUGGGCCCGAAUCUCCUAGGCCCCAGAGAGACGCCUUCAGAGGCCUGAAAACAGCCAACAGGGGCCCCAAAGGCGGCCCCUGA